ACAGUGGUGCACACUUGUAAUCUUGAUACUUGGAAGAUGGAGGCAGGAUGAUCAAGAGUUAUAUACAGUUUGGGUUACAUGAGACUGUCUCAAAGAAGGAUGAACUUCGACAUACACAUUCUCCCUAUAAUUUCAUCAUUUGCAAUAAGUUAUACACAUUUAUUAUUAUUAUUAUUCAGUCCAAAUUCCAGGUACCCAGUUCCUAAAGUCCUUGGAAUGUCAGAAAUGAUAAGUAUCUUUUUGUAUGCUAAUGAUGACAGUUGGCUGGGGUUCCAGGAUAGCUUCCAGAUGGGGGGUUGGUUGCCAGGGGAACCAACUUGUGAUUUAAAGGGUUUCAGAAAUUAUUUGUUUACCGUCUAGUGCAUUUAAGAUACUUCAUAAGCCUGGAGGGGGACAUCUAUUAUUAACAAGCAUUAUUUUCCAGUGCUUCCAAACAUUGCACUUGCUAGAUCUUUACACUCCCCUGACCUCAUGCAUCUUUGGAGGCCUACAGCUCCGCUAUCCCUCCUCAUUCCUCAAGGCUCUGCUUCAGCCCUUGCAAUUCUUUCUCCCAAAUGCCUUACAAAUGAAGCCUCCCUUAGUCAUCCCAGUCUGUACUACUUGUCUGACUAUCUAUCAGUUUGCCAAUGAAUCUCAUGACCUAAGCAGUCACUGAGUUUAAGCAGCUGAACUGUUGUUGUAGACACUAAUAUAUAUUACUUUGAAUCUGGGUCAGAUUUUCAUUGACUAUCCCACUGUGCCAGAUAGGAAGACCUGACUUCAUACUGCUACUUAAGCAGCCCACCAACCCUUUGAAACACACUUAUUAUAUCUACAAAUGAUAGGUGAUUUAUGCAAGGCCACAGUGGCUGGCUGAGCUGGGAAUUUGACCUAGUUGUAAUUUCAUAUACUGCACCCUUGGAGGAACCUCCCUCUCCCCACUCUGACACACGUGCCAGCCCCAAAGGCUUACCGGAGAGCCCUGGCAAGCCCAGAGAGAGAAGAUUCUCAGAUCCGGUUCAGUGAGGCUGACUUCAGUCGAGUUGGGUUGGGUGUGCUUCAAUGCCGCAGCUCAGGGUCCUUGCAAGCCAAGUGCCCCUUAUAUUCAGCGGGAGGAGAAGCCAGUAACGUCAUAGGAUCCCAGCCCCAAGCCCUCUCCCUACACAUGACACACAACAAAAUAUACAUACUGAAGAGUUGAAAAUCACUAGCAACCUGUUAGGUUCAUAAACACUUGGGUCAUAAACACUUGGUCCUUGAGCCUCAGCCAAUCCCGGAAGAUACCUUACCUUUCCUGGAUCAAUCAUAAUGUUCCAACGACCCGUGUGGAAUGUCUCAAAGCCCCAGGAGCGUUGCCUAAGGAGCCUCUAAUUGUGCUGUGGAGGUUUUCUUUCUCAGAUUAGACCAUUAAAGACUAGGAGUAAAUGUGUUUGCUCCCACCCCCACCUCUGAGGCAUUGAAUUCAGCACUCAACCACUAAGCCAGAUCUCCAUCGGUCCCAAGGAUUUUACUCGUGUUUCUUUGGUAGACGUAGCUUUAUAGCAGCUCUUUAACAAGUGCAUUCUUUUCUUAAGUUUCUACAAUCUUCUGCGGUUUCCUAGGAAUUCCUAGCCUAAAAAGGACCUACUUCAUGCAUGAGCUUCACACUUCCUCUUUCUUGUGCAUUUGAAUGAAGUAUAGUACCUAUGGGAGGCCAGACCUUAAAACAACAGGCCAGGUUUUAUCAGAAUGAAUGGUGACUCAAUGCUAAGUCUGAUGCUCCAAACUUCAGCUUAGUCAUCAGCAAAAUGGAAUUAAAAGGGUGGGGCUGCAGCUCAUUGGUAUAAUCUUGGCACUGGGGAGACCUACAGGAUUGAUCCCCAUCACUAUCAAUUUUAAAAAGUUUCGCUCCUUCAAUAUUUAAAUAUUCAUAAUUUCAUAUUUAAUAUUAAUAGGCAGGUGGAGAGAUGCUACAAAUACAUUGUGGCCUAGGAAUCUACUCGGGGUUAAUGAUCGGUGUACAGGUGGUUUGAAACUGUCUUCCAUUUUCUUGCUGUCUGUAUUAGAGAGUGAGAGCAGAGGCAGCAGUCGGGGCUGUUGAUAGUCUUGCAAGGUCCUGAAGGAUUUCAUGCAGACAAACGUGCUCAGGGAGAAGACACAGUGAGAUGGAGACUUGGUGCUAUUUGCCCCUCCAGCCUUCACACAAACCCAAUUCUCUUUAUUCACUCCCCUCCCCAGUGCUGCGAAUGUUUGCUGAUUCUGACUAAUCUUGCAUAAAGGUAGAAAAUACCCAUGGGAUCUGUGGUCAGGAAGCUUUUAAUUGUCUUUUGACCACCAGAGAGGCAAAUGGUUAAAGGCUAUCCCUCUUUUCUCACUCCCGGCCAUGCCCUGCUUGUUUUUUUUGGUUGGGAAGCAGUCUCAGGCCAAAAGCGACCAAUGUUGCAAAGCCAUGUGACUGGUGACUGACGGUGUGCGUGUGCGUGUGUGUGCGUGUGUGUGUGCCCGCGUGUACACAAGCGAGUGUGUUGGUAUUGAAAGACCCCCGAAGGGAGACCCUCACUCAAGUCUCGGGAACGUCGCGCACCCAGUGGGACACAGAGACCGGACUUUGUGAUCACACGAGGAAUUUUUAUUGAAAGCGAGACAGAACGAGAGCUCAGGCCAGCAUGCUGGGGUCGAGACUCAUACACCAAGCAAGGAGUAGAGGAGUUUCGACCCCGGCCUGAAAUUUUACAGAGCUUAUAAAGGCAAAAACCACAAACCAGGGGGAGGAAAAGGGGAAAUUUUAAAACCAUAAAUUUUCUUAACAGCUAGGUGAUGUGCUACCUUAGGCAACGCUCCUGGGGCUUUGAGACAUUCCACACGGGUCGUUGGAACAUUAUGAUUGAUCCAGGAAAGGGAGAGGGCUUAGGGCUGGGAUCCCAUGACGUUACUGGCUCCUCCUCCCGGUGAAUAUAAGGGGCGCUUGGCUUGCAAGGACCCUGAGCUGCGGCAUUGAAGCACACCCAACCCAACUCGACUGAAGUCAGCCUCACUGAACCGGAUCUGAGAAUCUUCUCUCUCUGGGCUUGCCAGGGCUCUCCGGCGCAUCUCCCAAUUUCAGAGACCGAAGCCCCGCCUCACUGCUGGUGCUCACUGGUCAUCGUAGCCUAGCCGGAGGAGGUGGGGAACAUUUGCUUUCUCCGAGGGCAAAGAAGGCUCAGGUGGAUCGCCGGGGCUUGGUGAGAAGGGAUAAGAUUGAGAACCUAGCUAGCAUCCUCUUCAAUUCCAACUAGAAUGCUGUGGCAGGCACUUCGAAGAUUUGGUCAAAAGCUGGUGCGGAGACGUGUGUUGGAGCUGGGUAUGGGUGAGACCCGCCUUGCCAGAUGCCUGAGCACCCUCGACUUAGUGGCUCUGGGUGUGGGCAGCACAUUAGGUGCAGGUGUGUAUGUCCUGGCUGGAGAGGUGGCCAAAGAUAAAGCAGGACCAUCCAUUGUGAUCUGCUUUUUGGUGGCUGCUCUGUCCUCUGUGUUGGCUGGACUGUGUUAUGCUGAAUUUGGUGCCCGGGUCCCCGGCUCUGGUUCUGCAUAUCUCUACAGUUAUGUCACCGUAGGUGAACUCUGGGCCUUCACCACCGGCUGGAAUCUCAUUCUCUCCUACGUCAUUGGUACAGCCAGUGUGGCCCGGGCUUGGAGCUCUGCUUUUGACAACCUGAUUGGAAACCACAUCUCUCGGACUCUGAAGGGGACCAUCUUGCUGAAGAUGCCUCAUGUUCUUGCAGAAUAUCCAGAUUUCUUUGCCUUGGCCCUUGUGUUGCUGCUCACUGGAUUGCUGGUUUUAGGGGCAAGUAAAUCAGCCCUGGUUACCAAAGUGUUCACAGGGAUGAACCUUUUGGUUCUCAGCUUUGUCAUCAUCUCUGGCUUCAUUAAGGGAGAACUGAGAAACUGGAAGCUCACGAAAGAGGACUAUUGCUUGACCAUGAGUGAAUCCAACGGCACUUGUAGCUUGGACUCUAUGGGCUCUGGAGGUUUCAUGCCUUUUGGCUUGGAAGGGAUUCUCCGUGGCGCUGCUACCUGUUUCUAUGCCUUCGUUGGUUUUGACUGUAUUGCAACCACCGGAGAAGAGGCUCAGAAUCCCCAGCGCUCCAUCCCCAUGGGUAUUGUGAUCUCGAUGUUCAUCUGCUUUUUGGCUUACUUUGGUGUGUCUUCAGCACUUACCCUCAUGAUGCCUUACUACAAGCUUCAUCCUGAGAGCCCUCUGCCUGAAGCAUUUUCCUAUGUUGGCUGGGAGCCUGCCCGCUACUUGGUGGCUAUUGGCUCCCUCUGUGCACUUUCUACUAGCCUUUUGGGCUCUAUGUUUCCUAUGCCUCGGGUGAUGUAUUCAAUGGCAGAAGAUGGCCUCCUGUUCCGUGUCCUUGCUAAGGUUCACAGUGUCACACAUAUACCCAUUGUGGCCACCUUGGUAUCUGGUGUUAUUGCAGCAUUCAUGGCAUUCCUCUUUGAACUCACUGACCUCGUGGACCUCAUGUCAAUCGGGACUCUGCUUGCUCACUCCCUGGUGUCCAUUUGUGUUCUCAUCCUCAGAUAUCAGCCUGAUCAGGAAAUGAAGAGUGUUGAAGAGGAAAUGGAAUUGCAAGAGGAGACACUUGAAGCAGAGAAGCUGACUGUCCAGGCUCUAUUUUGUCCUGUCAACUCCAUCCCCACACUCCUUUCUGGCCGAGUUGUCUAUGUUUGCUCCUCACUGCUUGCCGUACUACUAACUGUUCUUUGCCUGGUGCUGACCUGGUGGACAACUCCACUUCGUUCUGGAGACCCAGUGUGGGUCACAGUGGUUGUGCUGAUCCUGGGGCUCAUUCUUGCAAUUUCUGGGGUCAUCUGGAGACAGCCACAGAACCGCACUCCCCUUCACUUUAAGGUGCCUGCUGUUCCUCUACUCCCACUGGUGAGCAUCUUUGUGAAUGUUUACCUGAUGAUGCAAAUGACAGCUGGCACUUGGGCCCGAUUUGGGAUCUGGAUGCUGAUUGGAUUUGCUAUCUACUUUGGCUAUGGGAUCCAACACAGUAUGAAAGAAGUUAAGAAUCAUCAAACUCUACCCAAAACAAGGGCCCAAACUAUAGACCUUGAUCUCACAACUUCCUGUGUUCACAGCAUUUGACCUAACCAUACCUAAUUGUUGUCUUGUUCUCCUAUACAAUAAUGGAGAGUACUCUUGACCCCACGAAGAGCUGGGCCUCUCAUGUGGUGUUAGUGACGGAUAUGAAAUAAUGCUCUGUAUUUCUUGUGAAAUGAUGGCUAUGUCUUUGCUGUUUCUCAUUUGUUUUUAACUUGUAUACUUUGAAAUAGUCUCUGUAGUUGUUUCCUGGCUUUGAAAAAAAUGUUAUUAAAGGAAAAUUGUAAAAAAAAAACCAAAAAACCUGUCCUGUUCUUUGCUUACUAGAGAUUAUAUAAAGCUUAGCUUUAAGACUGGGAAA